AGCUUCUUCCAUUAGUUCGGCGACUGCGGUUCUUCAUUGGGCAGCAGGAGCGGCGCGGCUGUCGGAGAAGCGGCGUAAAACUUCGGCAUUGGGUGAAAGAAAAUGGCCCGAACCACGCAGACUGCUCCUAAGUCCAUGGGUGGCAAAGCGCCCCGCAAACAGCUGGCCACUAAAGCGGCCAGGAAAAGCGCCCCCUCUACCGGCGGGAUGAGAAAACCUCAUCGCUACAGGCCCGGGACCGUUGCGCUUCGAGAAAUACGUCGUUACCAGAAAUCCACCGAGCUUCUGAUCCGGAAGCUGCCUUUCCAGAGGUUGGUGAGGGAGAUCGCCCAGGAUUUCAAAACCGACUUGAGGUUCCAGAGUGCCGCCAUUGGUGCGCUUCAGGAGGCUAGUGAAGCGUACCUGGUGGGUUUAUUUGAAGAUACUAAUCUGUGUGCCAUCCACGCUAAGAGAGUCACCAUCAUGCCCAAAGACAUCCAGUUGGCUCGCCGGAUACAGGGAGAGAGAGCUUAAGUGAAGGCAGUUUUUAUGGUGUUUUGUAGUAAAUUCUGUAAAAUACUUUGGUUUACUUUGUGACUUC